UCCUGUGAGAUUCCGGGAAGACCAGAAAGAGAGCAGGGAAAGCAGCCAGGGGAGAAAGUAGGUAAAUGUAUUUCCUGUCAGGAAUCUCAGAAGGACCUCAAGGAAACCACAACACACCAGGAAAUCCUGAGUGGAAGAAAAAAGACAUGCACUGCCUGUGGAAAAAACUUAUAUGAUUACUCCAGCCUUAUAAAGCAUCAGAAAAUCCACACAGGGGAGAGGCCCUAUGAAUGCUGUGAGUGUGGGAAAAGCUUCGCUAGCAGUUCAGGCCUUUCUAAACAUCAGAGAAUCAACACAGGGAAGAGGCCCUAUGAAUGCAGUGAGUGUGGGAAAAUUUUCACUUACAGAUCAGGCCUUUUUGUCCAUCAGAGAAUCCACACAGGAGAGAGGCCCUAUGAAUGCAGUGAGUGUGGGAAAACCUUCAAUCGCAGUUCACACCUUAUUAGGCAUGAGAGAAUCCACACAGGGGAGAGGCCUUAUGAAUGCAGUGAGCAUGGAAAAAGCUUCACUAUCAGUUCAGGUCUUUCUAAACAUCAGAGAAUCCACACAGGGAAGAAGCCCUAUGAAUGCAGUGACUGUGGGAAAAUUUUCACUUACAAAUCAGGCCUUUUUCUCCAUCAGAGAAUCCACACAGGAGAGAGGCCCUAUGAAUGCAGUGAGUGUGGGAAAACCUUCAAUCGCAAUUCUCACCUUAUUAGGCAUGAGAGAAUCCACACAGGGGAGAGGCUUUAUGAAUGCAGUGAGUGUGGAAAAUGCUCCACUAACAUCUCAGACCUUUCUAAACAUCAGAGAAUCCACACAGGGGAGAGGCCCUAUGAAUGCAGUGCAUGUGGGAAAAGCUUCACUAGCAGCUCAGGCCUUUCUAAACAUCAGAGAAUCCACACAGGGGAGAGGCCCUAUGAAUGCAGUGAGUGUGGAAACAGCUUCACUAGCAGCUCAGGCCUUUCUAAACAUCAGAGAAUCCACAAAGGGGAGAGGCCCUAUGAAUGCAGUAAGUGUGGGAAAAGCUUCACUAGCAGCUCAGGCCUUUAUCAGCAUCAGAGAAUCCACACAGGGGAAAGGCCCUAUGAAUGCAGUGAGUGUGGGGAAAAAUUCAAUCGCAGCUCAGUCCUUAUUAGGCAUCAGAGAAUCCACACAGGGGAGAGGCCUUAUGAAUGCUGUGAGUGUGGGAAAACCUUCAAUCGCAGUUCGCACCUUAUUAGGCAUCAUAGAAUCCACACAGGGGAGAGGCCCUAUGAAUGCCGUGAGCAUGGGAAAAGCUUCACUAACAGUUCAGGCCUUUCUAAACAUCAGAGACUCCACCCAGGGGAGAGGCCCUAUGAAUGCAAUGAGUGUGGGAAAACCUUCAAUCGCAGCUCAAACUUCCUUACGCAUCAGAGAAUCCACACAGGGGAGAGGCCCUAUGAAUGCUGUGAGUGUAGAAAAUGCUUCACUAGCAGCUCAGGACUUUAUCAGCAUCAGAGAAUCCACACAGGGGAGAGGCCCUAUGAAUGCAGUGAGUGUGGGAAAAGGUUCACUACCAGUUCAGGCCUUUCUAAACAUCAGAGAAUCCACACAGGGGAGAGGCCAUAUGAAUGCUGUGAGUGUAGAAAAUGCUUCAUUAACAGCUCAGCCCUUUCUGAACAUCAGAGAAUACACACAGGGGAGAGACCCUAUGAAUGCAGCGAGUGUGGGGAAAAAUUCAAUCGCAGCUCAGUCCUUAUUAGGCAUCAGAGAAUCCACACAGGGGAGAGGCCCUAUGAGUGCUGUGAGUGUGGGAAAACCUUCAGUCGCAGUUCACACCUUAUUAGACAUCAGAGAAUCCACACGGGGGAGCGGCCUUAUGAAUGCAGUGAGUGUGGGAAAAGCUUCACUAACAGCUCAGCCCUUUCUAAACAUCAGAAAAUCCACACCGGUGAGAGACCCAAUAAAUGCAGUGAGUGUGGGAAUACCUUCUGUUGGAACGUAGCCCAUGUGAGCCAUCAGAGAAUCUGCAAGGGAGUUGAACACCAUAAAAACCUCUAGGGCUAUCAAUUUUUUUUCUUUAAUACUUUUCCUGAUUCCCACAUAGUAACUUUUGAAGCUGUUUGAACUGUUUGCUGCACUGAUAUCCCUCAGCUUGACCAGAUGAGUGGCCCAUUUUCGCCUUUUGCAGUUUGCCCUCUUUUGAGGUGGACCCAUUUGUCCUUUCUAUCAACUCCAU